AACAAAGGGAGAGCGAGGCAGAGGGAAAAGGGGAGUUCCCGUUCAGAGAAGAAAAGGUAGUCAAUGUCCAUGAUCGGUGUAGGAAAGGGAAAGUGCUCUAGGGUUCUGGCGAUUUGACAAAACAAAACGAGAGGCAGGCUGAGUAGAGCGUUGGGGGGAAGGAGGGUUUGACUAAGGUGAGGGUAAAGAGGAGGUGUCUUUCUGGAGUUGAACCGAAGAAAAAGGGAGUCUCGGAAGAGAGGCGCCGAGGGAAGGGAAGACGGGAAUUCCCUAAAUAGGUUAGAGGAAGGUGGAUCAAAGACCUUCACGUGCUGAAGAUUGAGACUGCUGGGAACUAGUUUUGGAAAGGAAGAACUUGGGGCUUUAUGAGGAAGAAAAUUAGUUGUUAGGUUUUCUGUUCAGGAUCAACUUGAGCGAGAGCAUAUUAAGUCAUCAACGAAAAGGAGAGAGGAAGAGAAAAAGGGGUUCUCUUCUGUGAUUUCUGUGAAGAGAGGUCGACGGAGAGAGGGGAGAUUUUUGAUCAUUUCUGAGAUUUUGAUCAGGUAGAUAGAGAGCAUAAGGGUUCCUCUGGUUCUUAUCUGUGUUGAGAAUCAUAGAUACGGGCGUUCUAUGAGAGAAUAGGUAAAAAAAGGAGCAAAGAUAUUCUUGGAUAAAGUGAUGGAUCAUUCAGAACAGGUGCAAACACAACAGGAAUCACAAAAGCAACACCACCAGCAACAACAGCAGUCCGUAAUGGGAGUUGUAUCUGGAACAGGUCAAAUGGCUUAUGGUAACCAUCCUUACCAGACUGCUCCCAUGGUGGCUUCGGGUACGGCUGUAGCAGUCCCUUCGGCAACACAGCCUCCCACUAGCUUCACUAAUUCCCAACAUCAGCUUGCAUUCCAACAAGCCCAGCACUUCCACCAUCAGCAGCAGCAGCAACAACAGCAGCAGCUUCAAAUGUUCUGGACCAACCAAAUGCAAGAAAUUGAACAAACUACAGACUUCAAGAAUCACAGUCUUCCACUCGCACGGAUCAAGAAGAUAAUGAAAGCUGAUGAAGAUGUGCGGAUGAUAUCUGCUGAGGCUCCUGUGAUAUUUGCUAAGGCAUGUGAAAUGUUCAUCUUGGAGCUGACCCUGCGCUCUUGGAUCCAUACAGAAGAAAACAAAAGGAGAACACUGCAGAAGAAUGACAUUGCAGCUGCCAUUUCGAGGACAGAUGUGUUUGAUUUCUUGGUUGAUAUUAUCCCAAGGGAUGAGUUAAAAGAAGAGGGACUUGGGGUGACUAAGGCAACUCUCCCGGUGGUGGGUUCACCUGCUGAUAUGCCGUACUACUAUGUCCCACCUCAGCAUCCAGUUGGGCCUGCAGGAAUGAUAAUGGGAAAGCCAGUAGAUCAUCAGGCAGCACUUUAUGCUGCCCAGCAGCCUCGACCACCUACUAUGGCUUUUAUGCCAUGGCCCCAGGGUCAGGCACAACAACAGCCGCAACAUCAGCAGCAGCAAACAGAUUCUUGAUAAUGAGGGCCAAGUAUUGUAAUAGGUUUUCUUUUCUCUUGGAUCAACUUUGGAUUGUCAGAAGAAUUUAGUGCUUUUAUUGUAGCUAUAUUGUAGUUGUAGUGCUAGUAGGCAGUGAUAACACCCAAACUUAGUGGAUUCAUUUGGCUGUAUAAUAUGAUUGGUUGUAUUUGGUUUUGUUGGAAAACAUUCUUAUCAUGGGUGCAAGUCUUGUCCUUUUUGAUUGAGGA